AACACCAUUGUUCGCGACAAGCGACUUUAUUACUUCUGCGCCGUGAGCGUUUCUUCCUAACCACACUGAAAAAGCAUUCGCAUUCAAACACAUCCCACACCUACAAACCUACAAAAUCAUCAUCAUGGCUCUCAACUUCCUCUCGCGUAGGACCAUGAAGUCCGAGAAAGCUACCGCCGGCACCACCUUCUGGGCAAACUUCACCAUCACCGCCGCUCUGCGCAUUUUCCUGCGCUUCUUCCAGUUCGUGCUCGGCAUCACCGUCAUCGCGCUGUACGCCAUAGAUCUCGACAAGGCGCGCCGCAGCCACAAGUACGUCGACUCCAAGUGGGUCUGGAGCGUCGUGUGCGGCACGCUCGGCGCGCUCACCGCGCUACUCUUCAUGCUGCCGCUCGUCAAGGCGUGGUUCUUCUUCUACGUGGACGCGCUGGUCUGGCUGUGCUAUCUCGUCGCCUUUGGCAUUUUCGGGCGCAUGUACAUCCCCGAGAAGGCUGAGGGCAACAAGGGCAUUAUGCGCAUGAAGAACGCCGUUUGGGUGCUCUGCGCGAAUAUGCUGCUGUGGUUUAUUACCGCGGCGUAUGGCGGCUUCGUGUUUUGGAAGCAUCGCAAGGCAAGCACGGUUCAUACGGGCCGGGGCUCGCAGCAUGUCUAAACCUCUUCGUUAGAACGGGCCACAGAUGCGUUGUGCUAAUAGUGUUUUCUUGGUGUAGAAGAUUUCGUUCGAGCUCGAUGUUGAAGUCGGGCGGUUCAAGAUUGGCGCAAAGACGACGACGACGAAGAUUGAAAACGUUGCAGCGCCACCGCCAGCUCCAUCUCAACCUCCUCCAUCGCGCCGUCUUGUUCCCGCGCCUCUCCCACCAAACUUCCGCAUCCCACCGCCAGUCCCGCCACCGCGUUUGUUACCCUUUCCCAACCAGCACCAGCGUUGUUUUUCCGCACCCUUGCCGCCGCUUUCGUCUCCCGUGGUGGAGGAAGAGGCGCCCAAGGACUCUCCUAGUGUAACUGCAUCAUUUAUGCAUUGGCUUUCUUUGUUCCCUGCGUCGUCGAUACCCCCUAUUUUUCGCGAGUAUUUGGCUUAGUUUUGUUGGUAGAGCGUAUGAGAGAUGAAUAUAUUGAUUUAUGAGAA